CAGUAAAUCAGACAGAGCAGCUCCUCCAGCGCCAGCAGUGAAAUUGUAACCCUGUUGCAAGUAUUUUUGGCCGCUGAUAGGACCGAGUGAGAUCACUGCGGUCUCUUUUCUCGGAUAGACUCAAGAGUUGUUCGGCAAGAGCAACGCAGGGACCGUUUUCACUCUCAUUUCUGCUAUAUCUCACUAUUAUAUCACACUGGAAAUGUCCGAAAACAAGCCGAAUGAUGAACCGAAGUUAUCUACGACGGACAGGGUGGUGAAAUCUGUCCCGUUCCCCCCCAGUCACCGGCUGACGGCUAAAGAGGUGUUUGACAGCGAGGGGAAGCCCAAAGUGGAUGUGCUGAAAGCUCACCUAACCAAGGAAGGCCGCGUGGAGGAAGCGGUGGCUCUGAGGCUCAUAGGAGAGGGCGCCGCGAUCCUGCGUGCAGAGAAGAACCUGCUGGACAUCGACGCCCCUGUGACAGUGUGUGGAGACAUCCAUGGGCAGUUCUUUGACCUGAUGAAGCUGUUUGAAGUAGGAGGAUCACCUGCAUCCACACGCUACCUUUUCCUGGGGGACUAUGUUGACAGAGGGUAUUUCAGUAUUGAAUGUGUGCUGUACUUGUGGGCCUUAAAGAUCCUUUACCCCAAAACACUGUUUUUGCUGCGUGGGAAUCAUGAAUGUAGACAUUUAACAGAGUAUUUCACAUUUAAGCAGGAAUGUAGAAUUAAGUAUUCAGAGAGGGUGUAUGACGCAUGUAUGGACGCCUUCGACUGCCUUCCCCUGGCUGCACUUAUGAACCAGCAGUUCCUGUGUGUACACGGAGGACUGUCUCCAGAAAUCACAAAUCUUGACGACAUCAGGAAACUAGACAGAUUCAAAGAGCCUCCAGCAUAUGGACCAAUGUGCGACCUGCUGUGGUCCGACCCCCUGGAGGACUUUGGGAACGAGAAGAGCCAAGAGCAUUUCACACACAACACAGUGCGAGGCUGUUCCUACUUCUACAGCUACCCUGCAGUCUGUGACUUUCUACAACACAAUAACUUAUUAUCUAUUAUCCGGGCCCAUGAAGCACAGGAUGCUGGAUACCGCAUGUACAGAAAGAGUCAGACCACCGGCUUCCCGUCCCUUAUCACCAUCUUCUCAGCACCCAACUACCUAGAUGUCUACAACAACAAAGCGGCAGUGCUGAAGUAUGAGAACAACGUGAUGAACAUCCGGCAGUUCAACUGCUCACCUCAUCCUUACUGGCUGCCCAACUUCAUGGACGUUUUCACCUGGUCCCUGCCCUUUGUCGGGGAGAAGGUGACUGAGAUGCUGGUAAAUGUACUGAGCAUCUGCUCCAACGAUGAGCUGACGACUGACGAGGAGCUGGACGGUGCCACAGCUUCUGCCCGUAAGGAGGUCAUCCGCAACAAGAUCCGCGCCAUUGGCAAGAUGGCCAGGGUAUUUUCUGUGCUCAGAGAGGAGAGUGAGAGCGUGCUGACGCUGAAGGGACUGACCCCGACAGGCAUGCUACCAAGCGGAGUGCUGUCCGGUGGCAAGGAAAAGCUGCAGAAUGCCAUCAAAGGCUUCUCGCCCCAGCACAAGAUCACCAGCUUCGAGGAGGCGAAGGGCCUGGACCGCAUCAACGAGAGGAUGCCGCCGCGGCGAGACGCCCUGCCCUCCGACGCCAGCCUCAACUCCCUCAACAAAGCCCUGUCCUCGGAGACCAACGGCACAGACGCCAAGGGGAGCACCAGCAGCGGCGGCAACAUCCAGUGAAGGCCAGCAGCAGGCGCCACCUUGGCCGACGGGGCCGCCCCGCCCUCAGCCUCAUCACGGCCCGCCACCGCAGAAAAGGGGCAAAGGGUGAAAGAGUGGAAAGGAGGGGGAGUGUUAAGAGAGCGUAGGGGGGAGGCAUCUUUCCGCUAGUCUGGAUAUGCCUUCAAAAUAUUAGCUCAUAGUCAAAUCUGCUAAGUUAUUGCCGGUUCACAUUUCUUAACAGUCGGGCCUUCAAUGUGCUCGAUUCUCCACCACACAGCAGUAUGUCAGAGAGAGGGGUGGGGGGAGGGGGGUAGAGAGAGAUCAACGGUGAUUUAUUUUCUUUUUUCCUUGAAAGACCCUUGCUCAUUUACACCGAAAUGGAAAGUCGUGUAACUUCUUACUAACUAUUGUACGUUUACAAAAAUACAGCACUAAAAAGGACAGAACAUGAGAUGAUGUUUUUAACAUGUGAGGGUGUACAAACUAAAUAAGGACUAUUUAUUGAUGACUUUUUUUUGCUACUCUUAUAAAAUAGCUCUGAAAUUAAUUAGGCAGUCUUAAAAAGAAUGUUGCAAUGUUGUCGAAAUGCCAAAUAAUGGAACGUUUUAUGGUUUUGUACAUAUUAUGCUUACCUCAGGUUCUUUUGGUGUGUGCUUUGACCUGAUUUUUCUGUAUAAUGGCUAAAUAACUCGGUAAUGAAUACCUAUUUUCUUGAGUUUCAUAACUGGAAUUUACAUAUACCUAUCUAUCAUUUGCAAAUAUGUUUAUUUUUUGUCUCUUUCGGAAGGGAAGGGGGGGUAGAUUUAUUGUGGCUUGCUGGAAUUGAGUGUUAAUUUUUCUCUUUUUAAGUAUUGCGAACAAAGUAAAAAUAGAGAACCUAUAUUGUGUAAAAAAAAAGAAUACAAUAAACUUAAAGUGUCUGCCUAUGCAUGUUUUAUAAAAAUCAAACAAAGGAAAUAGAAAAUCUGAAUACCUUGGCUGUGGAGGCCUGUUUUGAAAUAUAUUGCGCUUUAGUGAACAUAUACUGGAUAUACCUGCAUACUUUCAAUUAACACCAUGAUGCUCUAUGCCUUCAACUUCUUUUGUAAUUGAAGCAUUUAAUUAUCUAAGAUGGAUGAGAAAUCAUAUUUUUAACCUGCGCUUGUAAGUGCACACAGUCCAAUUAAGCAUGUUUGAUGAUUCUUGUGAGGUGUGUGGUUACAUGUGUAACUCAAAAAUGCAUGAUUAGCUGUUUGUGUCAUAUAACAGGUAAAUCGGUUUUUGUUCUGUUUUGUAAAUGUGCCACAGAAAGUGUAAUUUGAUUAUUAUUACUAUUAUUAUUUGGAACUCUGCUUUGUAUAUCAGUUACAGGUUUGAUACUGCUCAAUACUUUAAGAUGAAACAAAAAAAAUACUUUGAUCUUUUUUAAGAACUGCUUAAGUGCCCAAGUAAUUCACUACACGACAUGAAGCCUUGCUUUUGUAAUUUAACUUCAAAACUGUUGGCAGAUGAGGCAUGCACUUGCAACUAUGAGAAGUAUUUUAUAUAACUGUUCAAUAAAAAUGUGCAUGAAUUUCAA